UCGAUGACUCUGCACUAUCGAUACCUCCCUUGGAACUAUCGCAUCGCAGCUCUACUUAAGUCCCACUUGAAAACAUCCAUCAAAAGUGUUGUUGUUCCGAGAUUAGAGAGCGGUCCAAAUAAAGCAGCUAACGAAGCAAUACUUUUACUCAUUGAAGUAUAAUGGCAUCCGGCGGCUUAACGUGUGUAAAAUACUUGACAUUCUUUUGCAAUCUUCUUUUUGCGCUCACUGGGCUUCUUAUUUUUCUGGUGGGAGGCAUGGUCCAACUAAACUAUGCACAUUAUUCGAGCUUCGUUAGCGAUCACGUCUGGACCGCUCCUAUCAUACUAAUUAUUGUCGGUGCCGCUGUAGCAGUCAUAUGCUUCUUGGGAUGUUGUGGAGCCUUAAAAGAAAGCAGCUGUAUGAUACUCAGCUUUGCCCUCCUUGCGGUCGUGAUAUUUUUGUUUGAGAUCGGACUGGGCCUUGCUGGCUAUGUGAAGCAUACCGGUCUUCAUCAGGUUAUGGAGUGUCAGUUUAACUCGACCAUGCAGCACUACAAGGAACGGGCCGACUAUCGCGAUGCUUGGACUUUGCUGCAAACCGAGCUAGAUUGUUGCGGCAUCAAUGGGCCCAACGACUGGGAAACCAUUUUUCGUAAUAGUACCCUACCUGCAGCCUGCUGUUCUCUUAUUAAUUUAAGCGAGGCCAAGGAAUGUACAAAUGUUCACGCAACUCAGCAUGGCUGCUUGCAGAAGCUCUUAGAGAUUUUGGAUUCGAAGACAUUAAUUUUGGCCUCCGUUGUUUUGGGAGUGGCGGGUAUACAGAUGCUCACUAUACUGUUCGCUUGCUGCCUCUAUCGUUCGUUUCGCAGGAGCUACGAUCAUGUUUAGAAUGCGAAGUGAGGAUCCCGUAUGCCGAUUUUAAAAGGAAACAACAGUUUUUGUCAUACCAUGCUUCACAAGAACUAUUACAAAAAGUAUAUCACAAAAUAUUCAGUUUUACUUGCCCAUUGAACCCUGAUUAUCUUAUUUAUAACUAGGCGUUUUAUAUUAAUUCUUCAAAUUAGUUCUUCAAAAAAUAUAGUCGAAACCGAUCCUAUUACAGUUUUUUUCUUUGUAAUCUAAAUACCUCAGAAUCCUCUGAUGGUUAAAUAGAAACCACUUGGGUUUAAUCAAGAAACCUUUGUUGUACUUAUGAAUUAAUAAUUUAUAAAUGUUUGCAUAGCAUACAAAUUUAAGUCCGCUUUACUAAGGCUGUCACUUUGAUUCGAUUUCCAUAUUAGAAAUUCACUCACGUACUUUAAUAUUUCAUAUUAUAAUAAAGAGACCUCGUAGCGUUUAUCUAUGUAGAACCUUCAUUCACAUAAAGAAUGUUUGAAUGUAUGUAAAGUGACGAUGUGCAUCUCUUCACAGUAAAAAAAAACAAUUGUUUAAUAAUCAUACAGAUGCAGUGGCCUUGAGCAACAAAAUAAGUGUUCGGUCGAUGUGUGAGUCAUUUUGGAAUUCAUGAGAAGAGCAAUAUAGCAAAAGACAACUAGCACCCAGGUUAAAAGAAAAAAUACAAACUUCCCUUUUUACGUUUGUCCUUUAAGUUUUGUUUAGAACUCGAAACUGAAAUUUAGCGUUAUUCGAAAUAUAGUCAUAAAUGAGACUUGAGGAUACAGAAAAUUAAAUUUGACUUACGGAACCAAAACAUUAUGGAAGAAAACUAAUGAUCUAUAAAAAUAUUUGUAUUUUGUGGGCUUUUUUCGAAAAUUUUGUUAUUUUUAAGCUCGGUUAUGGAAUUUGGUGUGAGAACAUCCCCAAAAGAAUGUCAACUGCAUUUCAAUUAAUUUUUGUCACAGAUUUUUACGACAUGGGGACAAUCUAGAUACUGCCAGUACUGCCGAAUUAUUAAAGCGAGGAAUGAAAUGAUUGAACGAUUGUGGGCAAACUGCUAAAAGUCUGAGAACUGUGUACCAUGAUGAAAAAUAGAUAUUCUGUGAACAUAUAGAUAUGUAUGUAACUAAUAAAAUACAAUCUUUAAAUAUA